AUGGAACCCCUAUGGACAGUACGAGCUACCAAUGCUCCACCAAGGCCAAGGAAGCCACACACUUUGAGGAAGAGGAAGAGGAGCCGCAAGCUCGAUCGAGUGAGCCACAAGAGGCAACCCCAGUUGCAUGGAGCUCCUGAUGGCCGUCUACCAUCUCCAGACCACGACCUAGUCUUUUGGAGCAUUCUGGAGCAUAUGGGACAAGGAGCAUGGAGGGACUUGGCACAUGGAAGCAGCUCAACUGGAUACGCAAAGGAAGAAGGGAGAAGCCAUCUUGAAGACCAGCUCGACCGUCCACUCGACCAACCGGUCGAGUUCCUCAACUCGACCGGCCAAGCUUCAACUCGAUCGAGCUGGAAGUCAAAGUCAAACCCGAAAAAUGUUGCUUCCCCCUUGACUUCCCUUUGA